AUGUUUCCACCAGCGGCGUCGUCGUCACCGCUUCGGCUGCUGAGCGCCUUCGUCGUCCUGCUCUGCCUCGCGCCUCUGGUCGCCGGCCAAUGGGUCCGGGAUGCCUGGAUCAGAAAGCACCGGUGCGACGGCCAUCCGUGGACGAACGUGACCUUUGGCGUUACGCCGUUUUGGGUUGACAGUCUGCGCGGCCAUCUCGACAGCCGUGACGACGGGUCAGCGCGGCUCUCACUGUCGAUGCUCGCGGUGCACGACACUAGCAUGUUUGGCUGCGAUGACAUUGACCUCGCGGCUCUCGAGCGCUCGCUGCGGCUGCAGGUGCUGGGCAAGGACGUGGCGCAGGUCGUCCGCUUCAACAGCACCUGUCCGUUACCAAUCACGCCCAGUCUUACUCCGAUCGAAGGGUUCCGCUUCUCCGCCUUCCACGUCGACUACCAGCUCGAGCACGCUCACCGGCUGCAAACGCUUGCUGCCGAGUACCAGUUCCGCACCACGCGCGGUAGCGGUGGGCGGACGCUCGACUGCGCCGCGGUCAAGAUCACCCCGUACAUCGGCACGUCGUCCGCCGUCGCCCUGGCCCUGGUGCCCGCCGGAGUCAUGGCCGUCGUUGGCGCCGCCUCGUGGCAGACGUAUGCCGCCGCUGCAAUCGGCGGCGUUGACCGCUACGUCGACUUCUCCUCGGCCCUCGUCAGCCACCAGGGCCCCGUCUGGGACACCAUCAUGGACGCCGGCGUCUACCUGCGCUACCUCCAGUUCGCAUUCCUCUCCUCGUCGCUGUCGAUCGAGUACCCGGGGUUUCUACCGCCAAUUGCGAGCAACCUCGCCUGGUCCUCGCUCAUGUUCUGGCGAGGGCCCUACGAUGGGGGCCUCACCUGGCCCGGCGUCGAGCAGGGCAUGUACGUCAGCAACGCGACGUUUGGCAUGGACUACAUGGUCCGCAUGCUCGGUUUCCCUCGCAUAAUGGACUUCAUGUUUGAUGCCUUCCUCAACUUGGCUAUACUUGUAGCUGCCCUGCUCGCGAUUCUGUGCGCUGUCCACAUGCUCGCCUCGAGGUUGAAUCCGCAGAAUUCCGCAUCCAGCUUCCGCACUCGGAAACUGGGCUACAUGAGUGUCGAGGUCUGCCUUUCACUCUUCAGCAUGCCUCUCUUGGCAUACAUGAGCAAUGACCUGAUGCUUCUGGGCUACCUGCCACACUACCGCGUCACCUUGAUCGCCCUGACAAUGCUGGUCCUUCUCUACGUCCAUUUCCUCAUCACAAGGCCGUUCCUGCGUCCAAAGAGCCCAACAAAACUCCCCAGCGGCUCUCUGCGUAACAGUCGUCACACCUCUGGCAUUCGCGGGGCACUGCAGUCCCUAUCAUUCUACAUCCCUCACUUCAUGCCGCUCCUUCAAGCCUUGGCCGUUGGCGCUCUGCAGGACUGGGGCUAUGUGCAGACGAUCGUUCUUUUUGUCGCCGAGGUUGCCAUCCUCGUCCACACGGCCGUCAGUAAAUACGCAACCUUCCGGUUUUCUCGGUACGAAACGGCCUUGCUCUGCGCAUGCCGACUCAUGACCGUAUCUCUGCUCAUUGCCACGGCACUUCUCACAGAGGAGGCUGCAAAGCAGUGGAUGGGAUAUGUGAUAAUUUGCUUGCAUGGCAUUGUUAUCUUUCCUGGGUUUCUUGGCCCGUCCAUUUGGAGGCUGUACCAUGUCUUUCGGACAGGUCGCUAUGGGAACGGACUCUCCCCAGCAGGGCACAGUGACGGACGACCGAAUGCUCAAUCGGUGAAUCUCGACGACCUCAAUGCCCAUAGACCCUUCACGACACGCAACACGCCAUCCACGACCCGAGACCAUCGACACGUCAGUCAGACGCGUGACUUCUAUCGCAAACCACGAGCCCGACCCAGCACUCCGGACAUUCGGCACGGUUCAACGUCUCCAAGUCAGAGUUCCAGCUCGGGCGAGUGCAGAAUCUCGCCCUCACCCUCACCAUCACAAGAAUCGGAGUCUGAGCAGGCUUUGGUACCGCCGCAGCUAUCUGUGCAGCCGCCAUUGCAUGGCCUUGACGUCCUCUCCGAAAUCCGACCCCAGGUGGACUAUUCCUUCAGGGAAGCAGAUCUCUUCUACGGCAUGCCCGUCAAUGACAUGUCCACGAACGGUGUAGCGGACCCGGCAGUCGCGGCUGGGGACACGUCAUACAGACCUACAAUGAAGACGGAAGCAGAUGAGGGGACGGCGUCGGGCAAGAAGACCCCAUCGUGGCGCUCCGCAGUCCAUACGACCUGGGCGAAGAUGUCAGCGCUGACACAGCCGAAACCCAAAGAGGAAGGCUUUCAAGUGGUGCGGCCGGGCAAUGCAGCGCUUCGGAUGGCCAGGAUGCAACAGGCGCAGGUGCAGGCGGAGCGUCGAGGCCAGACUCCAGCACAAAGUAGCUGCGCCUCCAGCCCAGAAGUCCAGUGA